ACAGUUGUGCUCCGCUGCUCAAGAAGUGCUGACCAACGUCGUGUCUACGCCGCGUAUCGUUGCGUUUUUCGUAUAGAGUCAAGUCCACACUCUUCAACCUUGGGCUGUAAGGAGGGUUCGGUUCGGGUUGAUCGAGUUUGCAAGUUUCGUAACUCUCGUAAUUGAGCCGUGUACAAGUGAGGUGUUCGGGCCUGGCCGGAUUACGUAGUUUUGGGGCGUAGUUCCGGUUCGCGCAAAAGAAAAAAAGGAAACAACCGCUGAAGCUCGGGUUUAGCUGCACUGAAAGAGGAUGUCGGUUCUUGUCGUGUGAGCUAAUCAGCCAUUGAUGAGAACCGUCGACUGUGCAAACACGGCAGACGAUCAUUGACGAUCGCGGGUAGUCCUACAGAGUGAAGUGUAGUGUAAAUAUUUUCAUGAAUAUUUCCAUCGUGCCUCGCGACGUAAUAAAUUGAAUGCUAAUACGGAGUUCACAUCGGCCGAAACAAACAAAAAAAAAACCGAAUCAAGUGCGAAAGUGCUCGACGAUUUUUGCUACAUCACACGCACGUACUCUGGAGGUUGGCGGCGCGAUCAGUUGACGUCACACGGAGGAGAUAGAGCGCGCAGAUCGUUGCCCACAGAUCGUCGUCAUCAACGUGGUUGUCGUCGUCGUGGGUACUCCCCCACCCAUUACAACCCUUCGCCGAAGCGGUUGGCUUAGCUUAGUCAGCGCGCGAUCGGGCUCAGUCGGCUCCACAGGUUCAACGGCUCCGGAUCUUGGCGUCGAGUCGCGUUGAGUUGAGCAGCGCAAAAGCAGGUGUGCAUCGUCGUGGAGUUGCCGCUGGAAAAGGGAAGGGGAGCCAAAACCGGUUGAGUCUUCUCUUUUGGGGGGCUGACCUCUUCUCGUCGUCGUCGUGUUGGUCGUUGUCGUCAUUUUCGCCAACGCGCCCGCCGCCGCCAACAGGACCUGGGGAUACAUCGGAACGAAUCGGGCCGAACGUCGCCGUCGUCGUCGCAUGUUCAGUGAAUGGGUCAUUUGCGAAGCGGAUCUUGUGCCUGCUGCUGCUACCUUUGCGAAGAAGAAGAGGACAAAGUAACAGUGAAGAUACGAGGAUAAAGGAAAGCUAAAGAAGAAGGAGUACACCUCUUACGACUGAGAAAUCAAAGACAGAAGGAAAGAGAGAGGAAGACGCACAGAAAGUUCCUAUUUUAAGCACGAGAUAAACACGAAGAAACAGUUAUAGGAAUAUAGAUAUUUAUUGCUUCUACGAAGGAUUAACAAUGCUCAUCACAACAAACUAUAGUCAAAAGCAAUACCUGGACUCGCUAUGUGUGACCGAAGCCGAAGAUUCCAGCUAUGACAGCGACUGCGAUGGGGACGAUCUGUCCCAUCAGCAGGUGUCCCGGACCACCAGUGACACCCUGGGUCAGGAAUUUGCCGAGUACGUCAGCAGCCAUACCGCAACAGCAGACCAGUCAUUCCAUCAGGACAGAUCACCCGGCUACACGCAACGGGUGGAGUUUGCCCUUAAGCUGGGAUACACCGAGCGGCUCGUCCAGGCCGCUCUCCAGCGGUUGGGCCCAAACCCGGCCCAGAACGAACUGCUGGCCGAGUUGAUCAAGCUCGGCUCGCAGCCCGGUGUGAAAGGAACGACCGGCGAGUUCAUUGCCGGUGAUGGCGGUGACUCGCUACUAGCGGCAUCAACCGAGUACGGGGCGCCGGGACUGUUGCUAGUACCACCGGGACCGGGAAGCGGGUCGAGUGUCAGUGCCAGUGAAGAAUCUCUACGUCCAAUAGUGAUAGACGGUAGCAACGUGGCCAUGAGUCACGGCAACAAGGAAGUGUUUUCGUGUCGAGGCAUACGCCUUUGUGUGGAUUGGUUUAAGAAUCGUGGCCACAAGGAUAUCACCGUGUUUGUGCCCAAGUGGCGGAAGGAAAGUGCGCGCCCGGACAAUCCGGUCAAGGAUGGUGAAAUACUGAACGAGCUGGAAAAGGAGCGCAUGUUGGUGUUUACCCCGUCCCGGUUGGUUGGUGGAAAGCGGAUGGUGUGCUACGACGAUCGGUAUAUUUUAAAGCUAGCAGCAGAAAAUGACGGCAUCGUGGUUUCGAAUGACAACUACCGCGACUUGGUGCAGGAGAGCUCCGAGUUCAAGAAGGUGGUCGAAGAGCGAGUGCUGAUGUACUCGUUCGUGAACGAUCGCUUCAUGCCGCCGGACGAUCCGCUCGGCCGGUCCGGCCCGACGUUGGACAACUUCCUGCGGGUUCGGAAGGGCGAUCCCCCGCCACCGUGUCCGUACGGGAAAAAGUGCACCUACGGAAACAAGUGCAAGUUUUACCACCCGGAGCGGGGCAGCAUGCCGCACAAGUCGGUCACGGAGCGAUUGUCCGAGUAUGCGGCGCGACAUCUGCAGGCGAGGAGUGCGGCGGACGUGGCGGGUUGUUCGUCGUCGAGUGGUGGAAGGAACGCCAUCCAGGGCAAGUCGUUGAGCGUGCCUCUGUCCAACAGCAGUAGCGAAACUAGUCCAAUCAAUGAGAAAAGGAAGCCUUUGUGUCGCACACGAUCUAACGUACCUCCGGAAACGGGCAGCUCCAGUGUUGGUAAUAUGUUCAACAUGAGCCAGGGUGACCAGCAGCAGCAUCAGCAUCUGCAGCAGAAUCCGUACAUGCCAACGCCGAAUCGAUCAAACUGGGACAUUUCGCCUCUCUCGUUGCCACCCCACAGCCUGGUGGAUUCGCAGAUAUUCCCCAAAUCUCAUAGCAUAGAAAAUAUAUCCAAGGAGACGUACACUCAGCUCCAGCAUAGUUACAGUGCAUCACUGUGGAAUCGGCAGCAGCAGCAGCAGCAACAGCAAGCACAAUCCCAGCAGCAAAAGUCGGAGUCGUGUGAGCCGGGCCUGGAUCCGACCGUGAAUCUGCACCGAAAGCUGCAGCGCCAGUUAACACUCAACCCUGCCGGAUGUGAUCCUCGAAUCUACCAGAUGCAGCGCAACGUUGGCCACCAGCAGCAGACACCUCAGCACCACUCGGCCGUCCAGCUGUCCCCGCAUCGACCGUUGGCCCCUUCGCUGAGCGGUGGAGCCCGACCCAAUCCGGCGGCGGCGCAGUGGGAACUUCACCAGAACGUGACUCGCAUCGCAUCGGCGCCAGAUCCGUCCCGUCCCUGGCAUACCGGACCGCCACCAGCGUCGUCAUCGGAACCACAUAUCAACCUGUGGCCACCGCCGCAGAACUCGGCCAGUUCCGGCGUCAUCGGUCCACCCCAGCAGCAGCAGCCAACAACCUCACAACAGCAGCAGCAGGCCCAUCAACAGCUCCAGGACCAGCGGCGCCGUUUGCACUACCAUCUAGCCAGCAUCUUCCCCGAGGACCAGGUGCAAGCCGUGAUGCAGAUGUACCCGGAUGAAACCAACCCGCAGAAGAUUUGCGCCGCCAUUCUGGCCAUGUUCCCGAAGAUGUAAAGAGCGCGACAACAGGUUUGUUCUUCUCUUGUUUUUGGAUAAUUGUUAACUCCGCUACCCACUUUGGUCGGUACGUUCCGUGUUUUAAUCACCAGACGAAGGCUCGCUGGAGGAUAUUUUUGAAUAUUUACAACAAAACGUUUGGCAUAUUUCUAUUUCUUACAUUUUCAAGCGAGAAAAAUACUCAUCCAGUGUCAUUAGUGAGCGAAGAGAAAUUUUACACGAAUAUUUUGGGUGCCAAAAGUCUAUUCUUCUGUUGUAUAAAGCAAACUUAAGGCAAUGCUGUUAAAAUAAGUUGCUUCCAGUUGUUGAAGAUAUUCCAAUUUCAUUUUAGUAACACACUAUAAGUCUAUUCUAAACAAAACUAUUCUGCUGUACAGAAGAGGCAGCACAUCUAAUCUCAUAUUCAACUCUAGCACAAUUUCUCUUGACGAUAGCAUUUAGCCUUUUUUAUUGUUUGUCGUUUAUGGUUAUUAUAUUCUUAAAACUCCGUUAGCUUACUAUCUAUGAUUGCCUAUUUAAUCAUUACGUGUUGAUUCUGUUACUCUGUUAAACUUAAACACAUUCAUAUAAACCAACUGAAUGAAACUAAUGCGUAUUUGCAAAAACAACAAACAAAAAAAAAAAACAAGCUUAAAACAUCUUUCCUCUCAUUUCACUCUGUAGAACGGUCUUUCACUUUUUAACUCUUUGUUGCCAAGUUUACCUAAAAAAAAACAUUCGAAAAUCAAGACACGCAAAUCUAACAUUUAAUACAUGACCAUCCUGUAUUUGCCAGUAGUACACUGAAACAAAAGUGAGAACCCUAUCGUAGCAAAAAAAGAUUCCCAGUAUCUUCAUAUUGAAGCGCUUUUGUUGUGAGCUCGCCGUACUUUUCUUCGCGGAAAAAUACAAAGUGAAGUGCACACACAACCCUCGUAAAAAAAGGUAUUACUACACUGCAGCAGCGACCCCGAAAAAAAGGCAAAUUGUACUAGUGUACUAGCGUGUGUCGGCGCGAAUCCUUAAACGUUUUUUUUUUUUAGUUCGAAUGAAACAAACUUAGAUCGAGAGAUGAUACCUUUCCACACAACAUGCAAGGAAUGACGAAAAAGCAGUAAAAUAUGGAAGCGACAUGCUAUGCAUAAAAAAAGUAAAAUGUAUAAAUUUAAAAAAAAAAAACACAUUACACGGUGAGGAAGAGAGAAAGAUGAGUUUGAUAAUAUACAAGGUACAUAUUUGAACUUUAAACAAA